AUGAGCGAAGGGGAGAAGAGGACGACGCCCGCGCCGGGGAAGGACCCCUUAAAUUUCAAGGAUGAAUCCAACAUCACUCGAUUCGUUCGACCGAACCGUUGGCUCUCGCUCGACAUCGCGGGGAAACCGAUGCUCCGAAUUAAUUGGGUGAGCGCCGGUCUCGCCUCGCUGGUUCUUUGGGGUUUCGUUAUCUGGGCGCUCUCGGCCGGGGUCAACGCGGCGACGGAAGUGAAGGGAUGGCAAGCCUGGAUCACUGUGAACUGGACGUGGCUGUACAUUCUCACGCAGGAUGUCUGGUUCAUCUUCAUCAUCUAUCUCCUGUUCACCAAGUUCAAGGACGUGAAGCUCGGUCGCGAUGACGAAGAGCCCGCGUUCUCGGACUACGAGUGGUUCUCCAUGUUGUUUGCGUGCGGUAUCGGCGUCGGGUUGUACACGUACGGCGUCGCCGAACCGAUGUGGUACUACCGGAUGAACUAUUACAACCCGCAAAAGAUUCCCAUCAACAACGAUGAUCAGCGUGCGCAGCAGGCAAUUUUUAUCACGCUGUUCCACUGGGGUAUCCACGGAUGGAUUCCGUACGUCCUCGUUGCCAUCACUCUCGGUGUCGUCUGCUACCGCCAUGGUCGCCCGAUGACCAUCCGCGCAGCUUUCUUCCCGCUCUUGGGCGAGAACGUCAACGGUCUCAUCGGUGACCUCAUCGACGCGCUUUCCAUUUCGUGCACCACGUUCGGUGUGUGCACGAGCCUUGGCCUUGGUGUCACAACGAUCGCGACUACCAUUGCCCGACUCAACUCUGACGUCGAUCCAAAUUCAGACACGACCAAGGGCUUGAUCAUCUGGAUCAUCACCGGUAUCGCGUGCGGUUCCGUGCUCAUGGGUUUGAAGAAUGGCAUUCGUGUGCUUUCUAAGAUUACUUUCUCCAUCGGACUGAUCUUCUUGGGUGCCCUCUACGCCCUUGACGAUCCGAUGUUCCUGUUGAGCAGCGUCACGCAGUCCAUCGGACACUACUUGCAGUGGAUCACCGUCGUCGGCUGGGACUGCGAUGCUUGGCCUAUUUUGACCCAAGGUCUCCUCGGUGCCGGUACAAACGGCUGGACACAUGACGAUGGCUCUUGGAAGACCACCGCUAAGUCCUGGGCUGGAUAUGCUCUCGGCAAGUCUAACGAGCAUAACGUCAUCGACGCCGUCCGCGCGACCGCAGGUGGCGAGCUCGAUGCAACCGCUAUGUGGGGUAAGCGUACUUAUUUCGGCUUCAUGGACGACUGGACUAUCUUCUACUGGGGUUGGUGGAUCUCUUGGGCCCCGUUUGUCGGCAUGUUCAUCGCCCGCAUUUCUCGUGGCAGAACCGUUGGCCAACUCAUCAAGGGUGCAUUUAUCGCUCCCAUUCUUUUUGGCUUUGUCUACCUGACCACGCUCGGUUCUCUCGGUAUCAAGAUGCAACGCGUCGCUGAGAGUGCCAUCGGUACGAACUCAUCCGUCGAUUGGAGCGGCAACUCCGUCGACUGCGACGCUUUCGGCUACGGCGAGACGAAGAUGCUCAAUAUGACCUCAGCUGGUUACGCUGCGGGCAAGCAGCUUCAAGACGCCGGUUACUACCCGUUGUCGUGCAGAAACGGGUCCGAUCACAUUCUUGAUGUCGUUGAGCCGUACGGUAAGUUGGCGCGACCUCUCCAAACGCUCAUCCUCAUCGCCGUCUCUCUCUACUUCAUCACGUCUUCGGAUAGCGGUUCGUACGUCGAUGACUUGAUCUCCGCCAUGGGCUACGAAAACCCACCGGUGUUACAAAAGGUGUACUGGUGCUUCACCGAAGGCGCGCUCGCGACUGCUCUCGUCUACAGUGGUGGUUUGAAAAUGGUCCAAGCCGUUUCCAUCGUCGCCGGCUUCCCUUACACUUUGGCUCUCAAUUUUAUGUGCAUCAGCCUCUGGCGCGCACUUCUUGACGAAGACGAGAAUGAAGAGCAUCGUCGCAAGAGAAAGAGUUUCAACACUUGUCUUUUCGAUUUCCUCGAGGCUUUCAAGCCUGACACGGCGACAUCGAACGCUCCGAAUGCUCGUGAGCGUACGAUUUGUGCUCUCAAGAACUUCAUCUUCCCGUAUGAAUCCAUCGUGAAGUGCAAGCGCGCCACCGGCGCCAGCGAACAGAUUGCCAUGAUCCAUGGUGGCAUCAUCACCGGUCUGCUCUGGACCUUUAUCGGUCUCCUCGCUUCAACGAAGGCUGGCGCGAACGCGCACGGCGUCGCCUGGUUGAUGUUCUUCAUCUUUGUGUUCUGCGUUGCCAGUAUUCGCAGAGAGUUGCGCACCGCCAGAAACAUCAUCGGUGGCGCCAUGGAAGACUUCUGUUCCGUCGGUGCUCUGUUCCCGUUCGCGCUCGCGCAAAUGGAACACGAAGCCGAAUGCAUCGAAAAGAUGGCAUAA